CAAGUAUUGGUUUUUAUGGAUUUUUAUUUAUUUAUAAUUUUUCAAUUUCAGGCAAAAUCAAGAAUUCGGUUGAAUUUCCUUGACCAGCUAGCAAGAUUCUGGGAAUUACAGGGUUGUUCCUUAAGGAUUCCCCAUGUUGAGAGAAAGCUACUGGAUUUAUUUAAUCUCUUCAAGAUCGUUGAAGAGGAGACCGGUUAUGACUAUGUCUGUAAAGAGAGAAGGUGGUCGAAAGUGGCCUGUAGACUUGGGUUACCCACUGGAAAAGGAUUAGGAUCCAUAAUUAAGGCUCACUAUGACCGCAUACUCUACCCAUUUUGGCUUUUUAAAAAUGACCAGCCCUUUUCACACAAGUUGACUUGUGCACUGGAUCAACCCUACCCUGCGGCGAAAGAAUAUCAAAUACAUCAUAAAGCUACCGACAUGCACUCUGAAACUGUUGAUGAUAAAUCAGACAAGGAGUACAAGCCACAUGGUGUAAUAGCGACAGACUCCACCAGUGGUGGUUACACAAGGAAAACUAAACGAAAUAUUAACAAAACUCCUGUCGUCCAAAACAAUGUUCCAAAUUCCAAAAUCGACUACUCUGCUAACAAUGAGCUGAGAAAGCUACAGUUUUAUGGAGCGGGGCCCAAAGCAGCAGUUCCCAGCACGGUGAAAGAAGAGAAGACUGAUGGCAAAGUGAAAAAAGAUAGUAAGACAAAAAUUAAAGAUGAAUUUCCCCCUGUGGAUGCUUAUGUGUGUCACGUCUGUGCUAAAGGAGACGGCGAAGAGUUUAUGUUGCUAUGUGAUGGGUGUGAUGAUGCGUUUCACACCUACUGCCUUACACCACCGAUGCCUGAAGUGCCCAAAGGAGACUGGAGAUGUCCCUCAUGUGUAAAAGAGGCUUGCAAACCACUUCAUGAUGUUUAUGGAUUUGAGCAGGCUGCCAAAGAAUACACACUGCAAUCAUUUGGAGAAAUGGCAGAUCAGUUCAAGUCAGAUCACUUCAAUAUGCCUGUUCAUAUGGUCUCAUUUGAUCAAGUGGAAAAGGAAUUUUGGCGUCUUGUGAACACACUUGAAGAAGAAGUGUCUGUCCAGUAUGGAGCAGACAUCCACGCCAUGGAGAAAGGAAGUGGAUUCCCCACCAAGGGCAACAAACAGACUUUUCCUGAAGACGAAGAAUAUAUCAAUUCUGGUUGGAAUUUGAACAAUUUGCCAGUCUUGGAAAAGUCCGUACUUUGCCAUAUAAACGCAGACAUUUCUGGAAUGAAGAUCCCUUGGUGUUAUGUUGGUAUGUGUUUCUCCUGUUUUUGCUGGCACAAUGAGGACCACUGGAGUUACUCCAUCAAUUACAUGCAUUGGGGUGAACCGAAGACCUGGUACGGUGUUCCUGGUGAAGCAGCAGAAUUCUUUGAAGAUUCAAUGCGUAAAUCAGCCCCUGAACUUUUUGAACAAUCUCCAGAUCUCCUACAUCAGCUGACUACCAUAAUGAACCCUAACAUUCUCAUGUCUAUGGGCGUACCGGUGGUGAAAACCCAUCAGGGAGCUGGAGAGUUUGUGGUGACAUUUCCCCGUGCUUACCAUGCUGGUUUUAAUCAAGGCUACAACUUUGCUGAGGCUGUCAACUUCUGUCCUGCUGACUGGUUGCCGAUUGGCCGUGUUUGUAUCGAUUACUAUCGAAAACUACAGCGACAGUGUGUGUUUUCACACGAAGAGUUGAUCUGUAAGAUGGCCGCGGACCCAGACAGCCUGGACUUCCACUUGGCCGCUGCCACACACAAAGACAUGCUGGUGAUGGUCGACAACGAGAAGAAACUUCGUAAACGGCUGUUGGAUAUGGGCACCACUGAUGCUGAAAGGGAGGCUUUUGAACUUUUGCCAGAUGACGAGAGGCAGUGUGACUACUGCAAAACCACCUGUUUUCUCUCUGCCGUCACUUGCCCCUGUCGACCAAACACUGUAAUGUGCAUCCACCAUGUUGAGUACCUCUGUGAUUGUCAUCCGUCGCACCACUGUCUCCGAUAUCGCUACACACUAGACGAACUUCCAGCCAUGUUGCACCGAAUCAAGGUACGAGCAGAGUGUUUCGAUACUUGGAGGACCCGGGCCAUGCAGGUUUUGUCACCGUUGGAGUCUGAUGGUACUAAAGUGGAUUUGGAAGAACUGAGGGAGUUAAUUAACGAGGCUGAGACGAAGCAUUUCCCUGAUUCUUCCUUACUCGAGCGUCUCAACAAUGUGGUGGUGGAGGCUGAGAAAUGUGCCCUGGUUGCCAACCAACUGGUCUCGAAGAAGGUCAGGACCAGAAACAGGCAGGCUGGUGAUGGCAAGUAUGUAGCCAAACUGAGUUUAGAAGAACUGAAGUGUUUCUAUGAUCAAGUCAACGAUUUGCCUUGUAUCAUACCAGAAGCUAAACUAGUAAAGGAAUUACUGGAUAAAGUCACUAACUUCCAGACUGAAGUCCAGGCUGCUCUCGCCGAGAAGAGUCCUGAUUCCAAAAAACUGGAGAAGUUUAUGGAUUUUGGAAUAACACUUGAUGUUGAUUUACCUGAGAUUCCCAAACUGAAGCAGGUAAGUUCAUUAAACAUAUGCACUUCACAGGAUUCCUGCGACAUGACUUUAGAAGUGAUGAGGAAGCUGAUCGAAUCAGGAGUGGGGCUCGCACCACACCCUGCAGUCGAACGGGCCAUAGCCGAGCUUCAGGAGUUACUUACGGUCAGUGAAAGGUGGGAAGAAAAGGCACGCUUGUGUCUACAGGCAAGGCCUCGGAACGUAAUGUCAACCCUUGAAAGUAUCAUAGCAGAAGCCAAUGACAUAAAAGCUUAUUUACCGAAUGUGUCUGCCCUGAAGGAGGCCUUACGCAAGGCCAAAGAGUGGACGUCGAAACUAGACGCUGUCCAACAAAACUGUAAACUCUACCCCUAUCUGGACGUACUGGACAACCUGGUCAAUAAAGGACGUCCAAUUCCAGUACGGCUUGACCAGCUACCUCAGGUUGAAUCACAAGUGGCUGCAGCCAAGUCUUGGCGAGAACGGACUGCCAGAACAUUCCUCAAGAAAAAUUCUACAUACACUUUACUGGAUGUGUUGUCCCCUAGGACAGACAUUGGUGUGUAUAACAACAACAAGGCAAAGCGGAAGAAACUCAAGGAUGGGGAACGAGAGCGGAAGGAGAGUGAAAAUAGCAUUUUGGACUUCAGAAUUGAGGAACAGAGAGAUCCAGCUAGUAUUGUUGCUGCCUUCAAGUUGGCUGAACAAAGAGAAAUCGAGGCAAUGAAGGAACUUCGCAGCAUCAAUUUGGAGAAGAUCCACAAUUCGGACGGUGGAGACAUCAAGUAUUGCAUCUGUCGUAAAUCUGCGUCUGGAUUGAUGUUACAGUGUGAAUUGUGUAAAGACUGGUUCCAUGGGUCUUGUGUUCCCCUACCAAAGGCAGCCAACAUCAAGAGAGUCAACCAAGCUGUCCAAAUACUGUUUAUCUCCCUAUACCUUCCUUGCUACUUUUGUCAGAAACUGAACUGUUUUCCUCCUUGCCUCUCUCCUGUUGCGGACUUGCAGGAGUUGACAACGGAGAGGAUUCCGAUGAAGGAGAAGCCUGAGAAAGUUCCGGCAAAGGGCAAAGAGAAGGAAAAAGAGAAGGAGAAAGUGAAGAAGAAAAGGAAGAAGAAAGAGGAGGAGUCAGAGAAUUGCGAGACGAAAAGCAAGAGGAGUAAAGACGAGAACAGCCCUUCAUCGAAACCAAGGAAAAAACUUGUUGUGAAGGACAAAGAUCUGAAAUUGAAAGAGAAAAAUAAAUGUAAAGAGAUGAAUUCUGUGAACACUAACGAAAGCAAAAUGAAGAAGGAGGAGAAGAGCCAGAAGAGGAUGAAAAUCUCUAGUGGUGCUCGGGAGAAGAAACCAUCCGGUCGAGUGAAGCAGAGUAAGAAGAGUGCCUCGUUGAGUGGAGAUGAGGCAGACGAGGAGGAGGAAGAAGAAGACGACUGUUCUGCUGUGAAGUGUCUGAAACCUGCAGGUAGGUAGUGGUGGUCAUGGUGGAAACAUUAAAAGAAA